AAGGUUCUGAACAAUGAUAUGGAACAGCUGAUUAAAUAUGUCACCCCACUACUUGCAUAUGUAUUAACCUUUAUACUGCAGAAGUGAAGUUGGUGUAGUUUAUGUUCGCGAUAGAUGUAGUAAAGUUUAGUUCGAAAAGCUCUUAAAGAACAGGAUGGCACCCGUACUUAGUAAACACACAUUUAAAUAUGCUUUAGCUGGAACUGUAACGAUUAGUACUUUAAUAUGGUUGUUAAAAAAAAAAGGAAGGAAACAUUGUGCAAAAUCCAGAAAUGUGUGGUCUACUAGUGAUAUACAAUACAUUAUCAAAGAGGAAAAACCAAAAGGGCCAAAAGCUCAAAUUAAUGCAAUAUUCUUGCAACAGUUAUAUAAACUUCUGACUAUUGGCAUUCCUGGAAUAUUAUCAACAGAAUUUGUUUUUUUAUUGCUUAUCGCUGGUUCUUUAAUUGCUAGAUCCAUGUGUGAUCUUUGGUUGAUAAAUAUGAGCACUCUUAUUGAAACAUCAAUUAUAACCAUGAAUUUAGCUUUAUUCAAGAAACUUCUAUUAAAAUUUGUCUUUAUAUUACCUAGUGUAGCAAUUGUGACCAAUAUUUUGAAAUAUAGUAUAAGUGAAAUGAAAUUAAGAUUACGUACAAAUUUAACACAUCAUUUAAUGGAUCAGUAUCUUAAGGGCUUUACAUAUUAUAAAAUGAAUAAUUUAGAUGCUCGCAUUGCAAAUCCAGAUCAGCUACUAACAAUUGAUAUAGAUAAAUUUUGUGAAAGUUUUACAGACUUGUAUGGCAAUAUAAUGAAGCCACUUUUUGAUAUUGUUUUAUAUGCCUCCAAACUCACCACUAAUUUAGGUGGACAAACACCACUCUUGUUGAUUUCAUAUCUACUGAUAGCUGGUACUUGUAUAACCACCUUGAGAAGGCCAGUAAUACAAAUGACUGUAAGAGAACAGCAGUUGGAAGGUGAAUAUCGACAUAUCAAUUCACGCUUAAUCACAAAUUCGGAAGAAAUAGCAUUUUAUCAAGGAAAUCAUAGAGAGAAAUUAACUUUGCUAACUAGUUUUCACAAAUUGGUUACACAUCUUCGUAAAUUUUUGGAGUUCAGAUCUUUAAUAGGCGUACUAGACAAUUUCAUUGGAAGAUAUAUGGCAAUGGUAGUUGGAUUUUAUGCUGUGAGUAUACCAUUCUUUAAAAAGAAUCACGCCGUUCUUUCAGGCUCUUCUGAACAUCGAUUUAAACAUUAUUAUACAUAUGGAAGAAUGUUGGUAAAAUUUGCAGAAGCAAUAGGUGUACUCAUACUAGCAAGCAGAGAGAUAACAAGAUUAGCAGGUUUCACAGCAAGAGUUACAGAGAUAAGAAAUGUACUGAAUGACUUGAGUGCAGGAAAAUAUGUUAGGACAAUGAUCACAGACUUGAAGAAUGAUUCAAAAGUUUACCCAGGUGCAGGAAAGAUUAUUGCAAAAGAUAACAUUAUACGAUUCGAACAUGUUCCAAUUGUAACGCCAAAUGGAGAUGUUCUUAUUAAAGAAUUGACAUUCGAAGUAAAAUCUGGCAUGAAUGUAUUAGUUUGUGGUCCAAAUGGUUGUGGGAAAAGUUCUUUAUUCAGAAUUCUUGGAGAGUUGUGGCCUGUUUGGGGUGGUACAGUUACAAAACCACCACGUGGAAAAUUAUUCUAUAUACCACAACGUCCUUACAUGACAUUAGGUACUUUAAGAGACCAAGUUAUCUAUCCUCAUACUAAAGCAGAAAUGAUCAGACGAGGACAAAUGAGUGACGAAGAUUUGCAGAAAUUUUUAAAUUUAGUACAAUUAAAUCAUCUUUUGAAAAGAGAAAUUCAAGGAAACUCUGAAAAUCAAGGAUGGGAUACUGUAGCCGACUGGAUAGAUGUUUUAUCAGGAGGAGAAAAGCAACGUAUUGCGAUGGCUCGAUUGUUCUACCACAAACCACAAUUUGCAAUAUUAGAUGAGUGUACAAGUGCUGUUAGCGUCGACGUCGAAGAUUCUAUGUAUUCUUAUUGUAAAGAUGCAAAUAUUACUUUAUUUACUGUUUCUCAUAGACGGUCACUUUGGAAACAUCACGAGUAUUAUCUACAAAUGGAUGGUAGAGGAGGAUACGAAUUUAGAGAAAUUGAACCAGAUACAGAGAAGUUUGGGUCAUAAAUAUUUUGAUUCUUCCUUAAACAAUAUUACUUGGUGAAAUAUACGAUUAUAUUAAAUGGCAACCAUAAACAUAACAGGAAUAAUGAAACCAAAUGAAAUGACGAACAAACGAAUACAUAGUUUCUUAUUAGAAUACCAAAUUUAUAUAGAUCUCUUUGUUUUCAAAAGAAAUCAAUAUGUAAGCAUAAAUACCAUAAACAUUAUUUCUACGUGUAUACGUGUAUAAUCAAAACUAUCAAGAAUAGCUUUUAUAUAUUUUUCUAUCCGACUUUUUAUAGUUUUUGCUUAUAAGUAUGUAAAUAUAAUAAGAGUACUCUCUUGUUCUUCCAGUUUUACCACGAACUUAUAUAAAAGCAUUAUUAUAUUGUAUAUAAUUGAAGCUUGUAUCUUAAUAAUACGUCGUUGGAAAAUGAUAUAUUUGCUUUGUAAUUAAGUACAUCGUAUCAACUUAUUCUAUACAAAAAAAAAAAAAUUUAACAAAUAUAUUAAACAGAUUAAUGAAGAAUAAUAUUUAGUCGAAGAACUAUCGUGAAACAUAUUCUGUAAAUGUCGUGUAUAUAUAUGCACAACUCUAUCUCUGUAUGAAAUAUUUGAUGCGAUCGCAAUCUGUAAUUAUUCUAUGUAUAUCGCUAUAUAUUAAUGUUAUUAAAAAUAUACUUUUAAAGAAUGAAAGAGAGAGGGCGAUAUACCAGAUUAUGUACAAAGAUUGUAACAAAUAAGGUGAAUGGAUAAUUUCUUAAAAGGGAUUUUUAGAAGUAAAUAAAAAAUAUUAUGACGAA